UGGGUAAAUACUUACCCUUGGGUAUACCAGAGGUGGGAGCAGGUGCUUAGGAGAAGUAAGCAUACCCUGACGACUGGUCACACCUGAUCAACAAGGAAUAUGUCAACGGGAAACUUCAAGGUUUGUCACUAUCAGAAGAUGAACGGUUUAACACCUGGACAUUGGAUUCUCCUCAUCUGCUCCAUUUCUGUCGUCUCAGGAGUGAAAUGGCCAAGGGGUACCUAUACUUUGGUUAAACCGAAGGCCGGGUGUCCAUCGGGGUGGCUGGAGGGAUGGCGAUACCAGGACAAUGAAGAUGGUGAUAACAAAAACCAAAUAGAACACGGACAUCACUUCUUUGGUAUAAGUGGGACCAAUCCCAGGAAUCUGAAAUUAUCUUACUGCACCAAGGAUCCCAAUGAUUUUAAUGACGAGGGUUUUUGGCCUAGUGGGAACUACUGUAUUCUGAAACAUGGGAAUACUUGUCCUCCUGGAGCUUUCCGAAGUGGAAGCGUUCAUUGGGAUGAUGAAGACUCUAGAAAUAAAAACAGUCAAGGAGGAGAAUUACCGAGUGGAGAUUUUGGUAGAAAUACAAGAAUUGACUACUGUUGCAGAAAUGACGGCUCCUACUCAACAGAAAUACGACUUCCAAAGAGUAAGCCGUUUUAUCUUUUGAGAUAUACCAGUUACUGCCAACGUGUUGAGGGAAUGUACAUGAGAGAAGAAACCGUUUAUACCGAUGAUGAGGAUCACGACAACAAGAAUAGCGUGUCUGGAAGUCACCCAUAUGGACCGGCUAACGGACAAAGGAACUACAAGCUGUUCUAUUGUUACUACUCGUCGCUGUAAUAAAGCGCUGUUUUAUGAC